GCCAGGUCAAUCUCGCUGGGUUCGCCAGAGUGUGUCUGCCCUAUCUGUCUCCCGCGCUGGGCUCCCCAUGCAUGAUCAAUCAUGCCGCCUCGCUCGUGCCCAGCCUCUCGGCCAGUUUUCCGAGCAUCUUAUUCGCAGCAGCUAGUCGAGCGUGGUCCAGGACGAGGCCAGCACGCGCACCGCUCCGUGGAUCUGUGCGGGGACAUGCUACUGCAUCCGAACCACGGCGGCAAGAUAGCCAAGAGGUACAUAGAGACGACGAUGCAUUUGCCGAGGACGCGGAACAAGCUGGACCGUCCACGCCGCUCCUUGCCAGGCUUGCUGUGCAUGAUGGUGUUGCCAGCGACAUCAUGACACAUGGUGGACCCAUCCCUCGGUUCUCUCCAAAGCGUGCAAAAUUGGGAUCCCCCUCGCGUAACGGCGCCCAACAGCAGGAUGUAUCUACCGAUGUUGUCGACUCUACCGCUGAGAAUGCGAGGCAUCCUAAGGGCCGACCGCCACGGUCGUUGGUGUGGCGCAAUCCAUGGAGUAUACCUGUCACCGACGUCCAUGUUGACUCCCUUCCAGUGCGGGAGCUGUUUGCGCUCGAUCUGGGACGGGACCUCAAUUCAUACGAGACCGACCCUCCAUGGCCCGAGAUCGCCGAGGCACUGUCCGCGUCGCGAUCGCGCCCGUGUGUGGUGCAUUACGGCCCCUUUGUAUAUUCCCCCAAUGCCUCCGUACCCUGGCCAACUUCGUCCGAGGACCUCCACCGCAAACUCGACCACUUUCAGAGCCUCAGCCCGCCGCCGUCUUUGGAAUGGCUCAUACGAUAUCAUGCCAGAUUCCGCCAACAUCAUUCGACCGAGACCUUCAACGUCCUGCUCCGUCUCGCUAUACGCAUGGCGCGUCGCAAGACGGCAGAGUCGCUGUUCAUCCAAAUGGAGAAGGAAGCUAUCUCCCCGGACCUGCUCACCCGCCAGCUUCGUGUGCGGUUCUUGGUCAGGCUGGAAGAGGGUUGGGAGCGGGCGUGGGCAGAGCAAACGGGUCUGGCACGCGAACAAGACAAACCUUUGCCGCUCGCUGUCUGGGUGGAAUUCUUCGGCACCGAGAAGAGAGGCGCGAUACGGAAGUGGCGGCUCAACGACGACCUGGAGGAAUACGCGCUCAAGCCCGUAAAGCCUGUAGACCGUGGCACGCUGCAGAGCAGGUACCGACGUCUCAUGCAGGGUAUGCCCACGCUUACGCCUCACGAGAUGGCGAGAGUCCCGACUGCGGUCGUCUACAAUACCGUAGGGAACUUGAUCCUCAUGGACCAACUCGAGCUUGCUUUCAAGGUCACGGAGUCUUUCUUCCUCGAAUUGCCCGAUCGCUUGGAGCCGAGCCUGCAUGAUCGGUGUCUUGCCAUCAUCCACCUGCACCUAACACCAUCCUCGCCGCGUGGCCUGAAGGGGCACUUCGCGCUGAGGAGGCUUGUAUAUCAAUUUCUAAGCAUGCACCACGGCUUGCGACCGAAUGCGACCACGCUCUACUUGCUCAUGCGGCCGUUGCUGAGAACGCGUGGGGGUGGUUCUGCAGCGGAAGAGCUGGUGAAGACGUUUGUCCACCGAUGGGGUCGGAGCAUCGUGGACGAGAGGGUUCGGCGGCGUGUCGCGGUGCUCCUCUGCCAGCAAGGCCAGUUAUCCAGGGCGGCUACUGUUGCGCGCGCGCAGAAAGUCGUGGAACUGGCGCGCAGGGAGCUAUCUACUGAGGAAGAGGUGACUUCCCGCCCGGCACGUGUUCGCAAGCUGCCCGCCCCAGCUCCGUUCAUCUUCCGUCGCAGGAACGUUGAACGGUGGAAGUGGCAAUUAUUACGGCGGCGGCUGCGACGCAAGACGUUACAGCGGCGGCGGGCUUCUCGGGGACCAUAGGCCUGGCCUUGCUAUGCGCUCCAACGACCUCCUUCGAUUCAAGGCGAAGGACGAGUGUGGCCCCGAGCGCGUCACACUCGCAGCCCUGGCGACCCUUCAUGCGUC